CAUAGUCACAUACAUAAUCAUUAGACACACUCCUUCCCAAACUUUCCAACUCUUACAAGCAUCAAAUACCACAAAUCUGAUGGGUUGCUUAACCUUAAAAGCUACAUCCUAUUUCACCUGUUCAACUGACACUUCCCUUCCUUCUCUACCCUUCAAGCCCCUCAAGCUACCUCCCUUCUGGCCAUGGCAAAAGCUCAAGGUGGGCCCUCUCAGUGUGUCUCCAAUGGGGUUUGGAACUUGGGCUUGGGGCAACCAGCUUCUCUGGGGCUACCAAGAAUCAAUGGACAGUGAGCUUCAACAGGUUUUCAAUCUUGCUGUCGAUAAUGGCAUCAACCUUUUUGACACGGCAGAUUCUUAUGGAACCGGAAGGUUGAAUGGCAAGAGUGAAAAGCUGCUUGGAAAGUUCAUUAGAGAAUUUCAAGGGCAAAAGCGGAAGGACAUUGUGAUUGCUACCAAGUUUGCAGCAUACCCUUGGCGCCUAACACCAGGCCAAUUUGUGAAUGCUUGCAAUGCCUCGCUAGAUCGGAUGCAGAUUGAACAAAUCGGAAUAGGACAGUUACAUUGGUCGACUGCAAAUUAUGCUCCUUUGCAGGAACGAGCUCUUUGGGAUGGUUUAGUUGCAAUGUAUGAUAAGGGUUUAGUUCAAGCUGUUGGGGUCAGCAACUAUGGACCUAAGCAGCUCCUAAAGAUUUAUGAGUACCUCAAAGCCAGAGGAGUCCCCUUGUGCUCAGCUCAGGUGCAAUUUUCUUUGUUAAGCGUUGGAGAAGAUCAGUUGGAGAUCAAGAAUAUAUGCGACUCUCUGGGUAUUCGCCUGAUUGCUUAUAGUCCUUUAGGACUUGGAAUGCUUACCGGGAAAUAUACACCCUCGAAUCUUCCAAGCGGCCCUAGGGGUUUCCUGUUCAAGCAAAUUCUUCCAGGACUGGAGCCUUUGUUGAAAUCACUUAAAGAAAUUGCGCAGAAACGGAACAAAACUAUACCACAAGUUGCCAUAAAUUGGUGCAUUUCAAAGGGAACCAUACCCAUACCAGGAGUCAAGACGGUGAAACAAGUAGAAGAAAAUUUGGGUGCUCUAGGUUGGCGCCUCAGUUCACAGGAGCUGCUUCAGUUAGAAUAUGCAGCACGCGAAUCACCCCAAAAGAUGAUCCAAAACAUUUUCCAAACAAGGUGAAUAACUUUGAUGUUUCUAAUGGUACUCAUCACUGAAUACAUCCCUGAACAGGUGAAUUUCGGACAGAAACGGGAAGCGCUUCUGCUAUUUGUUGGCAAACACGAGAAAGACACUUACAAUCAUACUUCCUUACUUGGUGGUUUGAGAAUUUCAUUUGUUCUAUAAGAUCUCAAUUAGUACAAGUGUUUGAUGUAAUGAUA